AAUGCUUUUAAACUCAUCUGCUGAGUGAUCCUUUAAACAAUUCUCCAACAAGCCUUGGUGUUUUUUUUUCUAGAAGACUAUAUAAUUUGACUGUUGUUUGCACCGUUUUACCGCUUUCAGUUUUCAAAACAUUCUGAAAAACCAGAAGCCACGAAGUAUUAAAUGUUAAAAAUAAAAACCUGCAGCUAUCCAGCAAUCUCAUGCAAAGAACGGAGGAAGCAAACACACACACACUGCUCUGAUGCGUCUGUGCAUUAGACUCUGCAAAGGAAAAUUGUGAUCAUUUAAAAAAAACGUUGCUGCAAAUUGAAAGCUCUUUUCUUGGUAAAAAUUAAAUAACUAAAUCAAGCUGGCUCAUACUCUUUCAAACCAGAACAGUUUGACAGCUGCUCUUCACCCUCUUUGGAGGACUGUCAACAGCAAAAGGAUGGCAUCAGAACUGGCAAUGAGCAACUCCGACCUGCCCACCAGUCCCUUGGCCAUGGAAUAUGUUAAUGACUUCGAUCUGAUGAAGUUUGAAGUGAAAAAGGAGCCGGUGGAGCCCGAUCGCAGCAUCAGCCAGUGCAGCCGCCUGAUCGCCGGGGGAUCCUUGUCUUCCACCCCGAUGAGCACGCCUUGCAGCUCGGUACCCCCUUCUCCAAGCUUCUCGGCGCCCAGCCCGGGCUCUGGGAGCGACCAGAAGGCACACUUGGAAGAUUUCUACUGGAUGACCGGCUACCAACAGCAGUUGAACCCGGAGGCUUUGGGCUUCAGCCCUGAAGACGCAGUAGAGGCUCUGAUCAACAGCAGUCACCAGCUUCAAAGCUUCGAUGGCUAUGCUAGAGGGCAGCAGUUUGCCGGCGCAGCCGGAACGGGAGGCACCAUGGCUGGGGAAGAGAUGGGAUCGGCUGCCGCUGUGGUGUCUGCAGUUAUCGCGGCGGCUGCAGCCCAGAACGGGGGUCCCCAUCACCACCACCACCACCACCACCACGCCGGGGGACACCACCAAGCACCCGGGGUCCCCUCCAACAGUAACUCAGGUGGGAACCACCAGCACCACGGCAUGCAUUUGGAUGACCGAUUUUCGGACGACCAGCUGGUGAACAUGUCAGUGAGAGAGCUCAAUCGGCAGCUAAGGGGAGUCAGCAAAGAAGAGGUGAUCAGGCUCAAACAAAAGAGGAGGACCCUCAAAAACAGAGGCUAUGCCCAGUCCUGUCGCUACAAGAGGGUCCAGCAAAAGCACGUCCUGGAAGGCGAAAAGACCCAGCUCGUACAGCAAGUUGAACACCUCAAACAAGAAAUCUCCAGGCUGGUCCGGGAGCGGGAUGCCUACAAGGAAAAAUAUGAGAAGUUAAUCAGCAAUGGCUUCAGAGAAAACAGCUCCGGCAGUGACACCCCUUCGUCUCCAGAGUUUUUCAUGUCAUCGCGAAAAUUUCUACAUCUGUGAUAGAGAAAUGACUGAGUCCCCUUGGCCUUGAAGUAUGAGAAAACAUGAUAAUGGAAUGCUGAUGGCUUAGAACGAUCUUUGGCACGAAGACUGCCACAAAGCACAACAUUUAGAAGUAUAAUCACUAAAGAAGAAGAAAGAAAGACAACAUUAUCGUGACUACAUUCUUCAGAGCCUCCUCCUUAUUAGUAUUCUUUUUUUUCUUCAGUUGAUUUUUUUUCUAACAACAAAAGAAGCAAAAUAAUAAAGAAAAAAAGAUUAAAAAAAAGAUGAUGACGACGACGACGAGAUUUUCUCUUUAGGUGAAAAAUAUUUACGCAUGUUGUUUGAAUAAGCGAACUAAAAAAUCUUAAAACUAAUUAAUAAAUAAAUAAAUAAAUAAACUGCAUCCCUCAGUGGGUGGAAAAAGACAAUAACUUUUAACCUCUCUGGGCACCCUGAUUGUAUUACUAUGGAGAUAGUACCCACUAUUUAGACAUAAGUACCUCCCCCCCCCUCAAAUACCACAGUUUAUUUUAUUUUUAAUUCAUUUUUCAUACCUAUUGCAGACCCUACUGCUGAUCC